AUGUUCGACAUCUUUGCCAUGCUGCUAUCCUCCGUCGCGUCCUUUCUCUUCCCCAUAUUCGCAUCGUACAAGGCCCUCAAGACGUCUGAUCCGGCGCAGCUCACGCCCUGGCUCAUGUACUGGGUUGUCUUCAGCUGCUGCCUCCUGGUCGAGUCGUGGUUCAACUUUAUCCUCUUCUGGAUUCCCUUCUACGGAUACAUCCGACUCCUCUUCUUCCUCUACCUCAUCUUGCCCCAGACGCAAGGGGCCCGCGUCCUCUACGAAGAAAAGAUCCAUCCGUUCCUCGAGGACAAUGAAAACAGUAUCGAUGAGUUCAUCGCCAGCUCCCACCGUCGCCUCAAGGCCGCGGGAAGUACGUAUUUCCGCCAGGCCAUCGAAUACCUCAAGACCAACAUCCUCGGCCUUCCACCGACCGAGCAGCCACCCGUCCAGGAGACGCCAGGCCCUCAGGGUUACACGCAAUCCCUCCUCGCCAGAUUUAGCGUGCCAACGACGCGGUGGGGAGGCGUGAACACUGGCAGCGAGUUUUACAACUUCCUUGCUAAUGCAGUCACGGCCGCGGCGGGCGCUGGAACCGGCCCGACUACUACCGGCGCAUCUCGCUCCGGGUCGCUGAUCCCGCCGAAUCUGCGGGGUGAAGCCGAGAAAAUGAACUACCUUGCCGCCCAGCGCGAGCGCAUUAAGAUGGCGCUUUCGGCGCUCGACCGGGAGGAACAGGAGCUACAGCGUGGUGGUCGCGGAGCGUUCCCCGGCGCAUUCGCGAGUAGCGCCAACGCCGAGGACGACGAGCCCACGCAGCGACCCGCCAGCGGCCUAAGCAAGAGCCGCAGCGAGACAGACUUUGAGAAAGUAGAGGCUGAAAGUGGAACCGAAGACGAAGGUAAUCUUCGCCGCCGGCAGCCAACAAGCGGGACGUGGAUGCCCUGGGGCUGGGGUGCUAGCCCUGACACAGGCACGAGCUCGGCGCGGGAGGAUUAG